AUGGCAGAGUUCCUUAGGCAGCAAGAUCCGACCAGAAAUUGGGCGGCGGAGUUGGCAAACUUCAGCCAAAUCGGAGGACAGGGGAGCCCAACCGGAGCAAGCACAGCAGGACCCACAACUAGUGAAGUUCCGCCUGAGCCAGUGAGUCAUGCCGAAGUACAAUCAGAAGAGGAAUCUCCCUCGGCGACCGUGCCAUCGGAAGCCUCGGUACCCAAUUCGGCGGACCUCGACGCCAUUGCCGCCCAUUACGACUCCAACCCUGAAGAGCUUGAAGCAAGAACAAGUCAACCACGGAAAAUUCAAGAAGUGAGCUGCGAAACAGAGGAGACGUCGAUAGCAGAGCCGGUUCUUCAAGAAGUUGUUAGGGGGGAGAUAGAUCUGAAUGAGUCAACCCAGAAGCGGGACCUCAUGACUGACGAAGAGUUUGAUUCUAUAAUGAACAAGGUGAUCCACGCGGAGGCAGUGGGAGAGAUUGAGGGGACUAGGGAAGUGAGUAUACCAGAGGGCCCAGCAUAUCAGUCUGGAGACCAAGCAGACGACAACCAAACUAGGGAAGGAGAGACAUUGCCGGGGUCAUCCCAGCCAGAAGCAGAGGGGGGUGACACACUUGUGGAAGAACAAGAAACGGGAACAAAGGAAGCAGAACCGGAGAUAGAAGCGUCUGCUCCAGUGGUGCCUCCAGUAUUAAAGCCCAAGCCCGUCAAGCGGAGACUAGUAUUGAAGGCUGAUCCUAAGGCAGACCGGCCUAAACCGCACAGGGUUUCACAGAGGUGUUUGGGAAAGUGGGCAGCCAAGAAGGCUAAACCGAACACAGCGGCAGACCCGCUUGAGAUCGUGAGUGAAGACGAACGGGCAACUCCCACAAAGCCUGGGGAGGAGUCCUUACCUGCUGCCGACCCAAGGGAUUCUACAAUGGGAGUCGAUGAAGCCCCUCAGACACAAGGUGGCCGGGGUGAAGAUACUGAAAGGAUGGCUGAGGGUCUGGACCUCCAAUCCGAGUCAGUAGAACCUGAGGGAUCGGAGGAGGAUGAUACCCAUAUAGAGAACCGUUCCACUGCCCAGGAGGAGUCAUUAGCAGAAGAGGAAGCCAGAUACCAAGUAGAGAGGAAACGGAAAGGAAAAGCCGUUAUGAAGAAAAAGCCUAGUACCAAGAAACCGCGUAUCGUGAACACUGGCAUAGUGAUCACUGAGGCUGCUUAG